AUGUCAGUGGAUGAAAAUAUAUCGUUGAACCCUUGGGAUAAUAAGUCAGCAGGCGCUUUCUCAAAAAAGUCUGUCCCAUCCAUUUCGCCAUUUGAUAUGGCUCCCUCUUUGAAUGGAAACACUUUAGGUAGCAACUUCUUCAACAGCACUUCUUCCAUUGGAGCAAACAACAUUCCAAAGGGAUCGGCUGUUGUCAGUGAUACUGAAAGCGAUGUAUUUGCGGAAUCCCCUCUGGUAGGCCUCAACAAAGGAGCGUUGAGUGCUAUCAGCGCUCCUUUGGGAACUUACAACAACAACAACAAAAGCAAUGGGUUCCCAAAUCAACUUUUCGGAGCCGCCUCUGUUUCCGGAGGUCAAUUUUCUUCGUAUGCUAAUGGCACAGGAGCUUCAGCAGCCGGCAGUAACUUCUUGGAAAAGUUCGGUUCCCUUACUGAGAAAACUAGAGAAGUGGAAUUCAAUAUGAAGUCUCUUGCGAUCGGCACCAAUACUGCCAAAAAAAGUGGAUCCAGAAGAACCAGUUUUCUUGUCAACGAACCCUCUAACCCUUCUGGCUCUAGACACCAGUCGUUCAGUGAAAAAAUUGAUAGUUACCUCAGCUCUCCCCAUGCCCACCGUCUAUCCAUCUCUUCCGAUCAUACUCCAUCUAUAACGGAACAAGAAAAGACCCAUAAUACUAUCUGGAACCCGGCAGGCGCAACUUCAUUUCAUCCAUCCAACACUUUUCAACCCCGUCAAUAUCCUCCCGUGUUUAACCCUGUUCCCUUCCCUUACUCACCAUAUAUGUUCCAGCCAAUGAGUCCAUUCCCCCCGAUGAAUGAGGUUGAAUCUGAGAAAACAAAAGACGGCAUUCAACCUUCAGCAACUGUUCUGAAACAUCCUAAGCCAACUUCUGGUGAAGGAAGCAGCGUGUUAACUGAUGAACCUGAACAGAAUUUCAAUAACGACGACAGAAACUGUGCUCCCAUCUCUCCGUUUGUUAUGCCUCCAUUUUCGCCGUAUGGAAUGAUGCCGUCAGUUUCUUUUGAUGCGACGUCUCCCCCAAUUCCAAUGCUGCCAGAGGGAAUGUCAGGACAAGUUCCGUCACCUUUUCCACAGCAUUCUGCUCCCCCAAAAUUUCCUGCGGCUGCUAAUAAUUCUGGUUCAAAACCACCAGCCAAGAACGGCAGAGCUUCCAAGAAUAGACCUAGAGCCCAGCAUAUUUAUAGAAGUCCCCUUUUGGAAGAGUUUCGUUCUAACAAGGCUGGAAAGGAUUACAGAUUACGGGAUAUAUACGGACACGGUCCAGAAUUUGCUCGUGACCAACAUGGUUCCAGAUUCAUCCAGCAGCAAUUGAGUAAGGCCACCAAAGAAGAAAAGGACACAAUUUUUGAAGAGAUCGAACCUACCUCUUACGAAUUGAUGACCGAUGUGUUUGGAAAUUAUGUCAUUCAGAAAUACUUUGAGCAUGGUAGCGAGGAGCAGAAGGCUCGUUUGUUGAAAAUAAUGACAGGGAAAGUGCAAAGCCUUUCUUUGCAGAUGUACGGAUGUCGUGUUGUUCAGAGAGCUCUAGAAUUUGUGCAACUUGAACAGCAAAUUGAAAUUGCCUCCGAAUUACAGGAUAAUGUUUUGCAGUUAGUAGAGGAUCAGAAUGGUAAUCAUGUUAUCCAAAAAUCGAUUGAGAAGAUAUCGUUUGAUCAAAUUUCAUUUAUUUUGGAGUCCUUGAGACAGCAUAUUUACCACUUGUCCACGCAUCCUUAUGGUUGCAGAGUUAUUCAACGCUUACUGGAGUAUUGCAGUGAGAGCGAGCAAAAAUUCAUUCUGGAAGUACUGAGCAAUCAUAUUUUCUAUUUGAUUCAAGACCAGUAUGGAAACUACGUUAUUCAGCACAUUCUAGAAUUUGGAGAAGAAGGCUAUCGAAGCACUAUCACGGAGAUUGUCACCAAGAAUUUGGUUAUGUUUUCAAAACACAAAUUUGCCUCAAAUGCUGUUGAGAAAUGUAUCAUUUAUGGAAAUAAGGAGCAUCGCCAUAUGCUAUUCAACGAACUACUGAAGGAUAAUAAGUCCUUGGAAGUUACAACUGUUGAUGACAACUCGGCGUUGGCCCUGAUGAUGAAAGAUCCAUUUGCCAAUUACGUUGUUCAAAAGAUGGUGGACGCUCUUGAUGAGGAUGACAAGAAAUUGUUAAUUAUUAAGAUUAAGCAAUAUUUGAAACAGAUUUCCAAGUCCUCUUAUGCUAAACAUCUUGCCAGCAUUGAAAAAUUGAUUCUGCUAAGUGAAACCGCACUUAAGGGAAUUGCUUAA